UUUGUAUGCUAUGAAAAGUUGCACCGGUAUUUCUCCCAGUCGUGUAAGAUUAGGAUGUCUGUAUGUAUGCAUGUAAUGACGGGAUCUGGUCUACAAAUGAGCAAUCCCUCAGUUCCCAUCAGCCACCAACUCAAGGCGGGGGUGCCCUAAGAUGGACAGCUAUUCUCUCAGCACCCCAUUUGCAAUAUGGAGAAAAAAUGAUCUACCUUACAGGGUUGUGUAUAUCGGCAGGUGGUUCUUCAUUGCAGCAGCCGCGGCAUCACCUUCCUCACUGGAGACGUUCACCAGCACUGACAGCAGCAUCUUCAGCAUGACACAAACCAGCAGCCCAGAGCGGUUGCAACUGGAAGCUGCCGUCAGACUGAAGACAGGCCAAUGUGUUCCCAGAUCAUGGAUUUACUUACUUAAGGAGCAGAGUGCUGAUCUGGCUACAGAAGGCCGCCCUCACAUGAGGACAGAGUUGUUCUCUGGCAAGUGCCCCGACUCUAUCAUUGUCCAGGAAACAGACCGAGACUACCAGAGGAUCCUUCUCUAUUCCCGAGUCCUCCACCCUGCUGAGGGCUGUAUUUCUGAUUUCAAAGGCAAAGCUUCCUGCCUUGACAUGAACGAAUUCCUGCUUAUACCCAGGACCCAAGGUGCCUGUGAAUUCCAAGCAUUUUGACCUCAAACUCCUUGGCUUUGGACCCGCUGCAGCUGGACUUAACCGUAUACAGAAGUUCGUUUGCCUCACGCACUGGGGAUGCGGGUGGUUUUACACGUCUUGUGGUGUUGAAUAAAAUUCCUUUGAGCCAAAAGUGGA